CACCUGCACCAUCGAUUUCUUCCCUUCUUCAUCUUCUCUGUCGAUUUCUUCCUAUCUUUCCUUCUUGUCCAUCGAAUCCUCUUCUCCUUUCACACGAUUUCCUGUCUUCUCCGUCGAAUCCUCUUCUUCUUUCACGCGAUUUCCUGGGUUUUCUGGUUCGUGUCCUUCAACCAUGAGAAGACCGUGUUCAUCUGGUUCUUGUGCAUCCUCGAGCACUUACUCCAUGCCUCCAAGCGGAAUCUGUGCUUGUGGGGAACUAAUUGUGUACCUGACAUCUCACACUCCUGAAAAUCCAGGAAGACAUUUCUGGAGAUGCAGGAAUUUCAAGACCCCCAGGGACUGUGGUUUCUUCCUGUGGGAUGAGGAUGCAGGAGUCCAAAGUUCAGGAACACAACGUGUUGUUGAUAUGUUGAGGACAGAGUUGGAAGAUUCAAAGGACAAAUUGGAUGAAUUGAAGAAGAAAUUGGAGGAUACAAAGAUGAAAUUUGAGGACACAAAGAUGAAAUUGGAGGAAAGCAAGAACAAAAUUAGCAAGCUUCAAAGGAAGCUUGACUGUGAGCUGCUGAAUAAGAAAAUGGCCUUUGCAGCCAUACUGAUUGUUGUGUUAGCUUGGGUUGUUAGCUUUUGCUUCCUUUAUGGAAGAAAAAUGUAAUCUGAGAAGGGAAUGGAGGUUAUGUUGAUGUUUUGAAAGUUAUUUGGGUAGGUUGGUUGAGUUUAAGUAGAAUCAUGUAAUGGAGUUUUUAUUGUAACAAGUUCCUGAAUUCAGAAGAAAUGGCAAUGGAAUUGUUUCUUUUUUCAACA